AGGCCAGCUAAUUAAAUAAGGGGCUCCUGAUCAGUUUCAGGGCUCAAGUUGUGCUGCAUGCCUGCAUGCUAGUAAUAUUUAUAUAUAUAUAUAUAUGCAUGCAUGGUAUAAGACGGCCUCGCUUUUGUUUAGGAAUUCCUUCAAGUUGUUGAUCAAAUAUUCAGCAGGCCAGAUUCAUCCAUCUAAUUUUGCGAAUGGCGGCCUGCACAAGGUGGAAAGUUUUAUUUCCAGUACUAAUUUUGUGCGUCUCCCUGCUGGGUAUGGUUGUGUCUGUGAGUGGAGAUGCAGCACUAAUAAAAGAUGUGUGCAGCAAAACUUCAAGGCCUUUCUAUUGCGAAACGUGCUAUGAAUUUUACAGCCAAAGCUCAAAAGAGAAUGUGAAAGACCUUGGACGCACAUCCAUUCGGUGUGCUUUCUCAGAGUUUGACACAUUCCGAUCCUCUUUACGUUCGUUUAUGAUUAAUCCCAAAAACCUAGGGCCGGGGUUACAGAACGCAUGCAAUCAGUGCCUUUUCAUGCUGGAGUCUGUGGAUAAAAAAAUCCAGAACGCAGCUGAAAAAUGGCAGAAGGCAAGUUAUGCGAGCUCUAGCCUACAGAUGCUUAUUGCUGUCAACAUUAUCAAUGAUUCAUGUGGCCGUGAACUGAUGAAGUUCAAUCUCCCCAAGUUUCUGGCAGACCAGCAAGUUAGACUGGACGGUUUCUGUCAGGCCUCCAUUGGAGUCCUCGAUCAAAUUCCUGAAUGAUUUGAUCAUGUAUAUAUAUAUAAAUACAUGUGCACCACCAAAAAAACCUGUUUCUUAUCUAGAUAAUCAUAUAAUAUUAUUCUCAAUCGAUCGGCAAUAAACGAAAGUAUUGUCCUUAAUUUGCAUGCA